GUUUGUUUGUCUGUUUGAUAUGACAUAUUUUACUCAGUCUUUAACAUUAUUAUUAUCGUUACAUGGUUCAUUAUACUGGGGAAUGAUUUGCAGCUAGAGCUUACAUUCACACACAGAUGGAGCCGCAUUGUUUCAGGUUUGCCUGAACUGCUUUCAUAACCUUUUGCCGGCUAACCUGUUUAGUACUGGCUGGUAGCUUUCCCAGGAUUUUGCAGAUGUCCCAGAGCUGUGGAUGUGGUGGUUGCUUUUGUUGCUGUGAUUGCGGACAGCUGGACUGCAAGCUUGGCAAAUGAAAGAGGACUUCAUCAGAUGUGCUCAUGAAGUGCACGACCAAACAAUGGGCUUGGAUUUGUUCCUUUCUUGUGGAUUUUACAAAAACUGGGGGUUUAAAUGGUUACCGUAAUGUAUGUUUGAUCAGUCCAGUAGCAGUUGCUUACCAUUCCAGCUUUGUUUUACUCUGGACAGCAGUUACUUUUCCUUUCUCACCCCACUCACCCCUUGCCAUCUCUUGCUUUCUGAAGUGAUCGGUUCUGAAAGGGAGAGGGAGAGAGAGAGGGGGAGAGAGAGAGAACGAACAGGAUAAUAGCACAUAUAUAGCAUCAUAUAGCCGGGGGCUUCCUUGACAACAUGAACACGAAUCUGUGAUGCCAGGUAAUAGCUACAGUGUUAAGAGGGUACAAAAGUAUUGAAGAAUCAAAUUGUGUUUAUUUGGCUAUUGCUUCAUGUUGCUGCUAGAGAUUUCUCUGUUCCUUCGCUUGCUUUAUGAUGUGCAGUCGUGAUCUUCAACUUCAGCAGCUUAAUCACAUGAGAUGCCAAAGAGAAAGCAAUGUGAUUACAUUGAAUGAAAAUAAUACUGGACUGUUAUCACCAGCACAAUUCUUUUCAGCCUCAUACUGCGAAACUGGCACUACCACGUGAAAAAUGACCCAGCAAAUGCAGAGCCUACAGCUUUCCCAGACAAAAAAGAACAACCCACCAUCAUCUCCCAAUGCUGCUAAACGACUCUAUCGGAAUCUCUCAGAAAAACUGAAGGGAAGUCACUCCUCAUUCGAUGAGGCAUAUUUCAGAGCCAGAUCGGACCGCCUCAGUCUGCGAAAGUCUUCAGUGAACUUCCACUGCAGUGAAGCCAUGCUGGAGGCUGUGGAACAGCAGGACCUGGACGCUGUUCAGAUCCUUCUCUAUCAAUACACCCCCGAGGAACUGGAUCUCAAUACUCCUAAUAAUGAAGGAUUAACUGCGCUGGACAUCGCCAUCCUGACAAAUAACGUCCCUAUUGCAAAGCUCCUUUUGAAAGUCGGGGCAAAGGAGAGUCCGCACUUUAUUGAUAUGGAAAGCAGGUCAAUCCACCUGAACAACUUAGUUCAAGAAGCUCAGCAACGAGUCAGUGAGCUGUCUGCACAAGUAAUGAGCGAAAGUCUGGGUACAGACAGCUGUGAGAAAGAGAAGCAACUGAAAGCCUGGGAGUGGAGAUACCGGCUCUACAAGCGCAUGAAAUCAGGCUAUGAGCAUGCCAGGGCCCCAGAGGCACCAACCAACGUCUGCCUUAUGGUAACAAGCAGUACAUCGCUCACUGUCACUUUCCAAGAACCUCAGAGCAUGAACUCAGCGGUGGUGACCAAAUACAAAGUGGAAUGGAGCUGUUCAGAAGACUUUUCUCCUCUGACUGGGGAAAUCAUCAUGGAUAAUCUUCAGUCUUUGAGGUGCAUUAUCACCGGCCUCACAAUGGGCCAAAGCUAUUACGUCAGAGUUUACGCUUAUAACAUGAAAGGCUGGGGACACCCUCAGACUUCAACGCCCACCUGCGCUUCUCCUUCUAACUGGAAAGACUAUGAUGGCAGGGAGCCGAGGCACAGGGGACAGAUUGAAGCCCUGGAACGUUUGCUGCAACAGGUUAGAGCCUCUCAUCAGAGCUACAGUUGCCGAGAUAGUUCUAAACUGCAAAAUGCUGGUCGCAAGCAAUCUGUCUCAAGAAGCCUGAAGCAUCUGUUCCAUUCUUCAAACAAGUUUGUAAAGACUUUGAAAAGGGGUCUUUAUUUAGCUGUGAUAUUUUAUUACAAAGAUAACAUGCUGGUAACCAAUGAAGAUCAAAUCCCAAUAGUGGAAAUCGAUGAUUCCCACACCAGUUCCAUUAUGCAAGAUUUUCUCUGGUUCACAAAGCUGUCUUGCAUGUGGGAUGAUAUCAGGUGGCUGAGGCAAAACAUGUCUGUCUCUGUGUCGUCUUCUACCGUGCUUCAAACCAGACAGAAAAUGCUCUCUGCAACAGCCCAACUACAGAAUCUGCUGGGGACACACAACUUGGGCCGAGUCUAUUACGAGCCUAUCAAGGACCGGCAUGGAAACAUUAUCAUAGUUACAAUAAGAGAGGUGGAGACUCUCUAUUCCUUUUUUAAUGGCAAAUGGAUGCAGAUCUCUAAGCUACAAAGCCAGAGAAAAUCCCUUUCAACGCCAGAGGAGCCAACAUCAUUAGACAUCCUGCUCAUUACAAUCCAGGAUAUACUUUCCUAUCAUCGAAAAAGCCAACAGCGUCUGGCUCCUGGCCUUUAUUUGGGCUACCUGAAACUUUGCAGCUCAGUGGAUCAGAUAAAAGUGCUUGUGCUGCAAAAAUUACCCAACAUCCUGUGUCAUGUUAAAAUCAGAGACAACAGCAAUGUCUCCAAAGAAGAGUGGGAAUGGAUCCAAAGCCUUUCUGGCUCGGAAUCUAUGGAAAAUAUGGAUCAUUCUGCGGAGUGCCCAACUCGUCUGUUCUUUGAGCUCCAGAUGGCAAUGAAAGCUCUCCUUAAACAGAUCAAUCUACCUCUACGACAGGCUAAGCUCUUCCGUCUGUACACACAGGAGGUGUUGGAACUGGGUCACAAUGUGUCCUUUCUUCUCCUGCUCCCUCCCUCAGACGACGUCUGCACUGCCCCAGGACAGAAUAACCCUUACACCCUGCACUCAGGAUUCCUUAACCUCCCUCUUCAGAUGUUUGAACUCGUUCACUUUUGCAGUUACAAGGAGAAAUUUAUUAGUCUGUAUUGCCGCCUUUCUGCUGUCAUAGAGCUGGAUUUUCUGAGCACCCAGCAGUCCCUAAGGGAAGCAAUUUCAGACAGUGAAGUCGCUGGAGCUAAACAAAGACACCAGCAAGUCCUAGAUUACAUACAGCAAAUUGAUGAGAUUUGGCGUGAAAUGAGAUGGAUCAAUGAAGCACUACAGUAUGCACGGUACAGACAGCCAUCGGGUGGCUUGCCAAUCACUAAACUGGUGGAUCUGUCAGAAGAACCCAUACAAAAGAAGAUAAGCUCAACAUCCUCCCAUCUUGACUGUCUUCCGUCACCACCACCUUCUCCUGAAACAGAAACCCACAGGAGAAAAGCAAUGAGUGAUUCUCAGCCUUAUUCAGAUGAAGAAGGUUGCUCUGAAGUUUUCCUUCCAACUGACAGUGACUAUGAUUCCAGUGAUGCAUUGAGUCCUAGAGAGCUGGAUUUGGUUUAUUUGUCCUCCCAGGAUAUCUCCCAUCAGGCAGUGAGCUGUCUGAGUGGCAGCGCACCAGACGUCCUUCAAGUCCAUGACAUCAAAGCGUGCCUGACUCCAAAACAAAACCCAAAAGGAGUCAGCACCGUAGAGGCAGAUGUUGACCAAUCUACAGAAUUCAUGCAGAGCCUGUCGAUAGGAGGUCUGUCACCGAAAAGUACAGAAAAGAAUCCAGGCCUGAGGCAACCAUUGAGUUUCUUAGGUAAGAAAAAGCAUGGGAAACAUCAGCACUACAGUUACUUCAGCAGACAGCACCGUUGGCUGCGUGUCCACAGUGAGACCCAAUCCAUGUCCCUCUCCGAGGGCCUGUAUACACCACAUCUCACCCGAGCCACAGAGUUCUCCCAAGAGCCUACCUUUGGUGAGCAGAUAAGCAUCUCUAUUGAUUGUCCACGCACCACUUUUUUAUCUCAUGCUUCAAGCCUCCCAGAAGAAGGGAAGGACAAAUAUGAGGAACUUAGGCCGAGCAUCCACAGGAUAUAUGUUGAGCCUUUCAAGAGUAUGCUCCCCAGUGAAGAUGGGAAAGCCUGGGCCCUGAGCACCCAGCCAGUAGGAGAUGAGAAUUUGCACAGCCCCACAGGCCAGAGAAAGUUCUCAGAAGAUCGAUCCAACUCUAGUAUCACUGAAGUAUUCAGCAGCGAUCUCUAGGGACAAGUAUUGCACUGGGGAGUACCUCCACAAUCUAAAUGUGAUUACAAGUCAUUUCUUCAAAAGAGCCUCUACGUCCAAAGGUUCCAACUCAUGUUCUCAAAGAUCGUCACCAUGGUUUUCUAAGAUGACACAUGCAAAGUGGGUUGCAAAUAUGCUUGUUUGCACAAUCCUUUCUAAAGCUGAACUCCUGGACAUUAGGAAUUUAUAUUUGGUUUUACCAGAGCAGCGAGGAACAUUCUCCAGGGAAUGUUUUCCACAGGUCUUUCAAAGCAAUUGAAAUGUUUCCUAAAAUACCCACCACCACAAAAUUGCAGUUGUUUCAUCCUCAUUUAUUUGUGUUCACAGCCUCGAUCAGCUGCUACAUUAACCCCAUUUUUUAAAAAAAGGUUCAUAUAAUCAUUCCAAUCAGACUACAAGGCAUCACAAAAGACCAACAAGGAUAAUUCACACAUGACAUUGGAUAAUUCACACAUGACAAUGAUUCUCAUACUGAAUUGAUUUCCUUUGUUUGUCCUCAGUGAUGCCAUGACAUGACAUGAAAUAAGUUCUGUUGAAAUGACAAGAUUAUUGAUACUAGAAAGAAAGCGAUCAGUCUAAAAAAUAAAAUGGCACUAGCGCUGCAGCCAGUUAGGCCUGUAAAGAGUACCUGACUUUGCACUAAAAGGCAACUUCUCUCUCUAGUACACCUGUGGUAAAAAAAAAAAUACUCAUAAAGGUACCUUCCCAAAAAGACAUUGAAAGGUAUAGCAGUGGGGACCUGGGAAAGAAAUGCUAGACAAAGAAACGCUUUAGUUUUUGUUCUAGUCUAAAUUUGAUUUAUCUGCACUCUGGAAGGAUGUGUUUGACUUUGGCUUUCUCAAGCUACAGAACUUUAAAGGGAUAAAUAUUGUCUGAGGACACCUCUCUCCUACAGAGUUAAACUGAUUGCUUGCUUUCCUAUGGAAGUUUUUCUUUACCACAUUACUCAGCAGUUCACUAGAUCCCCUUGUGGGAUAGAGGGAUGCCAACAUAGCUAAGUGACAUCAAGAAGACAUGAAUUUGUAGCUAAAAUACAAACUCUGGGUCAUGAGUUGGCAAUCCUGUUUCAAGCAAGUCCUCAUCUCACCCUUUGUUAUUACUGGGCAAUGAGAUUUGACCAUGUAUUCUCAUUAAAAAAAAAAAAAAAGAUCACAGUACUGGAAGCUAGAGACUUCCACGUCACCAGAUUAAUGAAUUGGCUUUGGAUUUCACUCUGAAACUUAAAGAAUCUAUUCAUAGUGCUGAACCUUAUCUCCAAAAUGGCUUUAAUAGUUGAGAGAGUGGAUUUACUAUCCCACUGACAAGGAAUCCAUUAACUGUCCCUAGACUGGAGGCACAAUUUUGCUAGUACAGUCUGGGCAUAACGGUGAAAACUAAGGUUUGGAGUUUUUCACAGCAUGUUUUUAAGGCACUCUUCUAAAUAACUGAGCCUAACUCUAUAGUUUAGUUUUAAUUUCUUGGGGGAAACUAUGGUUCCAGGUUUUGAAAUGUAACCUGACCUUUUGGAAUAAUUUAAUGUGAAUUGCCUUUUGUUGACACAAUUCCACAAAAUUCAUACCCAUGUUCAUGUAAGGUCACAGCUUCCAUGUAACCCUGUAGAAAAUCCCUGUGGAUAAAGUAAAAUUGUUCAAGUAUGUGCAUUUUUUGCUGUAGAGUCUAGAAAUCCGAUCUUUAAUUCAUUAUUACUUAGAGUUUGGAUAAUGAAGCAAUCUAUGAAGUCAACUGAAGGGUGAAAUUAAUCUCAAUUAACUAAGUUGAAAAUAUAGUAACUCUGCCUGAAAAUAAUAGCAGUAGUAUUGCAGACUAACAUUUCCCAAGAAAGACAAAACAAAAGUUGAUUCCUUUGACCACAAAUGCACACACAUACAUCAUAUUAGUUCUGGCAUCUCUUCUUAGCUAAUGCUAUAAUAAUCCAACAAAAGGCAACAUUUUCAUGUCAUUCUGAGAAUAUCAAAUGCAUUAGUCACCUCUUGAGACAGUACUUUUUGAGAGUGAGCAACAAGGCUUCUUUAAUACAGUAUGACUCCUGUAUCCAUGGGGGAUACAUUAUAAAACACCACCUGUAUAUAUCCAAAACUGGGGCAAGAGAAUAGAAUUAGAGAGGACCACUAACAGUUCUGGAAGUGAUAUUAUUUGGACCAUGGGAAGGUGAAAUUACGGGUAUCGAGUCUGUGGAUAAGGGAGUUACACUAUAUCACUUUCUCAGAAAUAAUCACAAAUAUUUCUCCUAUAGGAGUUAUAUUUUCCUCUCACAUGUACGCAGGCUAUAUUUUCCUAGUCCACAAAUUUCUUAAUUUUACAUUGUUUGUCUUCAUUGUAAAUAUAUUUAAAAACAAGCAUCAAUCAGCCAUGCACUCAACUAUUUUACUGAAUGCAUGCAUUUCAUAGUGAAAUCUGAUGACUGCAUCAAUACGGAUUGGGUGGUUGUUAAAAUUAGCCUCCUUCGGCUUGGUGUCUUCAGCACCUUUUUAGUUAUAGAUCCCAUCAGCCCGACACAACAUGGCCAAAGAUCAGGAAUGUAAUCCAGUUGUAAUCCAAAAAUAGCCAGACGCUACAAGGUUGGGGAACACUAAUUGAAAUGCAUCCAAGAUAAAGGUUAUGAUCUAUAUGAAAAAUUCUCAAUGGUCAAAUAGAUAACCCUUGUCUGUGGUCUACAGAAUUUCAUUUCAGUGGUCCUUGUGCUAUUAAUAAUAUCCCAUCAUGCAGACCCAUUCAUCUGUGCUGGUUCAAAACUGCUGACAUCAGAACUACUAACAUCUACUUUUGUUUGUUGUCACAUAUGUAAUGCAAAAGGUUGCUAUCUGAACUUUGUCAAUCCUCAGCAAAAAUUUGAUGUCCUAUAGUAUUCAUGUUGAAAUUCUGGGCUCAGCCCAGAUUACGAAGAGGAAUUUUUCUAGUGCAAUGCAUCUAAGGAAGAAAAGCCUCUGAAAAUAUUGAUAUUGCACACAUAUUCAUAUAUUUAUGGCAUAUUCAAUAUAUUUAAAUAUAUUGUAUCUCUAUUUGACAUCUCACGAUACUUGACUUCAGUAUUCUUGUCUGGAUUUAGACGAGAACUUACUCUAAUGAAAUAAAUCACUUCUGGCAGAUGCAUACCAUAGCAUCAUUUGGAGAACCUAAACAAUUCCUAGAGAGGGCAUUUUUGGUCAAACGCAGGUAGUUGUCCCAUGAAUACAGGGGUCGUAGUAUAUUUAAAAACAUUAGUAAAAAAUGCAGGUUGAAAGCAGUUUUUAAAAUCACUCACAAAACUUAAUAAAAUAGAAACAGCCACCCCACAUUACAAGUUCAUUUUGCCACAUAUUAGAAAUCAAAAUAAAAGAGUCUUCCAGCAUGAAGAUAGUAGCAAGGGGAUGAUCCAGACUUCCUAUGGAAGGGAGUUCCACAACCUAGAAGCAGCCAUGGACUUUUGCUGGUUGAAUUGGAUAUUAUACAAGCAUAAGAAAAUAUCCAGUACUGCCUUUCACAAUUUAUAUUCAUAAUCUGUACAAUAGAAGUUGAAUGGUGCCCAGGAAGCCACCCAAAUAGUCACAGCUUGGCUUGGGGAUUUGCUUGGAAAGUUCUCCCACCCCUUCAACCAAGUUGUAGCCAUCACCCUCUCAGAACAUACGGAUGCUCCUGUAGCUUUAGACUCCAUCAACACCAGUGUCAAAUAGGCUUUUAGCUUGGAGCCAAUCUUUUGUAUUACACAGUUGAGAUAUGGCAGUAUUUGACAGCUAACAAACAGUAAACAUAUCUAAUAGUAGUUUAGCUGGAAUUUCAUACUUAAUGCAACUAGAGCAAUCAGGAGAUGCCAUCAUGUCUGAGAUUGCAAUCCUACAUACACACAGAUGUCCAAGGUUGCACUGUGCAUGGUAAUUUAAUUGGGAGGAGAAUCAUUUCAUGGUCACAAAGACAAGUUCAAAUUUCAAAUUAGAAAUGUUAGUCAAAAUUAAUAAAGCUAUACAUUUCUACAAAAUAUAAAUUUGGAGGUAAUAUUUCAACUCUAAGGACAAUGGUCCUUUGGCAUCUUGCAUUUUAAAAAGUGCUACAAGUCUCUCCUGUUGAGAGUAGGUCUGACUGGGUUUGAGAAUCUACAUGUGCUUAUUGCAUUGGCUGAGAAUUUAAGUUAUAUUAACUAUACUUAAUUGAAAGGGACUGAGGUAGUUUGAUGAUAUACAUUUUGACAUAACUGCAACAGGGCCACAAUCUGUCUCUAGCAACCCAGUCUUUAACUUCCAUGGUUCCAUCCGCUGGAACACUAGGGUGGUGAUUGUAGUUUGGUCAGAGGCACUGGAUCCCUUUUGUUUAAGAACUCUGAAUGCACAUCCAAAAUUCCACAGGGUAAAACCAAUACGGUUAAAGCAGAAUCAGUGCUACAAUCAAAACAUCAAACAUUCGGAUGUCCCCUGGGCAAUGUCCUUGCAGACUUCCGAUUCUCUUAUACUAGAAGUGACUUGCAGUUUCUCAAAUCACGCCUGAUAUGAAAAAUUGUGUGACGUGAAUGGGCUUCAAUUCGUUGUUGCAUGCCUGAACUUCAGUUCUAGUAAGACUUGAAGCCUGACUUGGAAGCAUUUUACUUAUCCCCAUUUUUCAUUGUUGAUACUCCACUCACUGAAAUCCUGCCCAAAUGGCUUCUUAAAUAUUUCUACUUGUGACCUCUUUGGCCUGAGAAAUUUUUAUGUAUACAGGUAUAUAAAAUACUGUAUAUACUCAAGUAUAAACCUAGUUUUUCAGCCCUUUUUAAGGGCUGAAAAAGCUCCCCUCGGCUUAUGCUCGAGUGAGGAUCCUGGCUGGCUUAUGUUCGGGUCGGCUUAUAGUCAAGUAUAUAGGUAAUCAGACUUAGACAGUCUUAUAUUAUUAAAGUAUUAUUAUUAUUAUUAUUAUUAUUAUUAUUAUUAUUAUUAUAAAUUACAAUUUUAUGUAAACAUUCAAAAACAUUUAACCUAUUGAUGCCUCAAAUAAUGUAAUUUUAUUAGUAUCUAUAUUUAUUUUUAUUUUUGAAAUUUGCCAGUAGCUGCUGCAUUUCCCACCCUCGUCUUAUAAUUGAGUCAAUAGGUUUUCCCAGUUUUGUGAUAAAAUUAGGUACCUCGGCUUAUAUUCAGGUCGGCUUAUACUCGAGUAUAUACGGUAGGCAGUAAAACCAAAUGUUUACUAAUAACCAAACAGCAUUUGCAAGGUUUGCUAAAUAGUCUGAUUUUCCUUUUUAUGAGGUACAGCUGAAGCAUUACCUGCAGACUGAGUCCACUGUAAACAACACUACACCAAGUGCACCAAAUUUAUUCGAAGCAACACUCCACAACAGACUUGUGUAAAUGUCUAAAACAGCCACUAGGUGACAUUCUUUUACUGUUGCAGUUUUUGGGGGACCCCAGCAUUGAGUUAAAGGGACUCCCUUUGGGUUUAGGACCCACAGUUGAAGAAGCAGUGUUCUAGACAAAAGCACCCACAUGCUACCCACUUUCUGACUACACAUACAAUAAUGGUAGGCUAAUUUUGUACACAUACAUAUAUAAGCAGCACAGGCACCCCACACAGAAAGCUGUAAAUUACUAUUUCAUUGCUGAAGUGUAAAUAUUUUAAAUGGAGCCAAUGAAAGACUCAAAGUGAUGGGGAGGGAAGAAGGGGGGGGCUCCGUGUAUAUAGGCAAUGGAAUUUUUUAUCCAGAAAGUUUAUGCUUAGGGUUUUUAACAUGAAAUGUUUUGGAAAGAAAUGGUGCAUCUUUCUAUUUCUGUGUUACACACAGAGACACAGAAAUGCACUUAGUUGCUGGUCAACUCUUUUUAAACACAUGGCUUAUGACUGUUAUGUAAUAUAUAUAUAUAUAUUCACCGCCUUAGUAACAAGGACGUAGUGUAUUUGAAAAAAGAUGCUGCACUGCUUGGAAACUUCUUCUAGCAUUCUGAAUUCAGAGUUUCUCCAAGGUGUUGAACUUUGCCAUCAGCAAAAUAUAUUUUUAGAACAGGCUCCUUGUGUGUUUGCAUGUCGUGGUUUAUAGUGGCAAAAUCUAGCAAGAUUUGUUUUCUUCUUGUUUUCAAUCAUUGCACUCUUAUUCUACAAGGCAAGAAAAUGGAGGCCUUCUCGUAUGAUGCUGUUAUGUGACAAAGGUCCACCUCCCCUGAGUUGGUGGAGUGAGCAACUCUUUUACUGGCAUAUAGAUUCAGCCUUUCCAUUUUCAGCAGAAGCAAAAACAAAGAUUGGAUACUCUGCAGGGCUCCAAGAACCAUAUUGAGGAGCAAAGACAUUCUAGGCAGAGAUGGAACACUCGUGCUGCCAAAUGGGUUUUUUUUAAAGGGCAGGGAAAUAACUAAUCAGCUUUGAAAUAAAUCUAACAUAUUCUAGGAUAGUGGUUCUCAACUAGUGGGACCCCAGGUGUUUUGGCCUUCAACUCCCAGAAAUCCUAACCGCUGAUAAACUGGCGGUGAUUUCUGGGGGUUGUAGGCCAAAACACUUGGGACUCACAGGUUGAGAAUCACUGCUCUAGAAUGAUAAUACAGUAUGAUCCCCAUGUCCAUGGAGACCCGCUGUUGAUACUGAGACCGUGGAUAAUAGCAGCUAAUAUAUUUGACCUUGGCUGGAAACAUACAAUAGAAUCACACUGGAGGAUCUAGAAAGGCCCACAAACACUCCAGGGAGCGGGUGUUUUUUUUGUAACAUGGGUGAGAGAAGCCGUGGACAUCAAUUCCAUGGAUAAAGGGGUUGUAUUGUAACCUAUGCUGCUCUGCCUCAGCCUUUUGUCUUGUGGUGUAAACAGUGUGCUGAUGUAUUUUAUUAAGGCUAGAAAAACAGGAGUAAGAUGUGUAUUAAGAAUAUGAGCCAAGGUGCAUUAUAGGAUAUUGAUCCUUUUCUCAUUAUCAUUCUCUGUGCUUGGAUGAAAUUGCCAAGUCAGAUAUAAGUGGAGAUACUCCAUGGAUGCCAAUGGUAAUAUUUGAAGGUCUUUGUGAGUUGCACUUUUUGACGGGCUUUUUCUUAUCCUGUCAUUUCCACAUCCUUGCCAUGUAGGUUCCCAGGGAUCUAUAUAGUGUCCCCACUGAUAUUGUUUGGAUUGUUGGGGCUUGAGGGCAAGAGAGAAUUGGGUAUGAAAAGAAUAUUAGUAAAUUUUCCCAAUUCUCGGUGGGUUUGCCUUGUAUUGCUCUUGUUGUUGUGAGCUUUGAAGUCCUUUCUGACUUAAGGUGACCUCAUCAUAAGUUUUUCUCAGCCAGAAUUACUCACUAAAGGUUUGCCAUUGCUUUCCUCUGAGGCUGAGGGAGUGUGGCAUGCCCAGGGUCAUCCAGUAGGUUUCCAUGGAUAAGACUGGGUUUGAACCAUGUUCUCCCACAACCUCAUCAAAUGUGCUGCUGGAAUCACCAUGGAUUGUGGUGAUUCCGGCGGUGCCAAUUAGAGGGCGUGGGGAACCCGUCACCCCACUCACCACAUCAUCCAACUCACCCGAGUCCCCAUCCAAUGGGAAGAAUAGACCACCCGCAUUUCUCCCAUAUUGCCACCAUGAUGGCAUGUGCCAGUUCACCUUCCCUGUAACCACAGAGCCCUGCAGGAAAUAGCUGUGCAUUGUGGAAUGGGAGCCAGAGGGCUUCGUGAUUAAAGGUAAGGUGAACCGGAGCAUGCUGCUGAAUUCACCCCUGUCUAAUGAGUUUGUAAGGGUCUUGAUCCAACAGAGGAAAAAUGUUUGGAAAUAAAGUUACCAAAAUAUGAAAAAUAUUUGGAAGUGUACAAAAUCCUCAUGUACCCAUUAGAGAACAAAGAUUUGUAUCCCUAAAUGUUUUAGAAGAAACAUCAAUGCACUUUUUUUUUCCAAAAUAAGAAGUGGCCCUUUUAGGAAAACGGAGCACCUGCAAGUUCCCGACUGAAUGGGGUGAGAGGCAAUGCUUCAGCCUUCUGAGAUCCAGUCUUCCAUUCCAUCCCAGUUGAUCAAUGUCUCCUGAGUGGUCCAGGAGCCAGACAGCAGGACUGUCUUGUUCAGCCUAUGGAAGGAAUGCAGACAUGUCAGCAGCCAUCAAUGGCACAAUUUAUUCCACUACUACGUACGUUUCCUGGGCUGAACUGAGCAGUAGGGAAAGUGUUUUCACUUUCUUUCCCUCUACCCCAAGUUUAGUUGGAGAGUAUUAGACUGAGAAUGGGGGGAUGCCUAAUAAUUGCCUGCCUCUGGCAUUAAGCAACUGCCUCAGUUGAUAAUGUUGGUAGGAAGGUGGCAGCAGCAAUCGACGACUUGUUCCCCUUUAUUGGAAGAGAAUGUACUUGUCCUGAUCCUCUAAACUAGUUGCUUGUCCACAGGUAUUGGGGGAGAGGGAAAUCUAUCUACAGUAUAAGAUUUGUCUGAGAUUACUCAAUUUAUCUGUGUGGGAUGGAGGGGAUCUUCUCAGGCAGCAAAAACGUCUUGGGCCAGCUUUCCUAGAAUGCAGCAAUGAGACUAAUAUAUCUUCCAACUGUCCAAGUUUUGCAGGGACAUUCCCCUAAAUACCCAAAAGAUAUAAUGUCUGAUUUUGGAAACAAGCAAGGUUGAUUAACUCUGGUUAGUACUUUUCUGGGAGACUUCCAAUGACUAUUAGAUGUCAUAGGCUAUAUUCCAGAGGAAGGAACGGCAAACCACCUCUGAGUAUUCCUUGCCCAAGAAAACCCUAUGAAAUUCACAGCAUUUCCACAAGUCAAAAGAUGACUUGUAGGCACAGAGAGAAGGGGAGAAACUGUCAAGGAUGCAAGAAAUGCACCCACAAUUCUUUGAAAUGUUUCAGAGGAUGUUGGGACAAAACAUUUUGACUGUGCAAUGCAUCUAUUAUUGGAUGCAAAGUGUCCUGGGCUGAAGCUGUGUAUUGCUCUCCAGCCUUGAUUUGUAUAUAGUGUUUUGGCUGUUUAUUGAGUGUUCUUGUUUUUUAUUGUAAAUUGUUGCUAUCCAUGCAACUGAGUGUAUGUUUAAAAUUUCAACUUUGGUACAUUAAAUGCACAAUUUUGUGUGCUUAAAAACUCUGUAUAUACACAGAUGAACAAUGACUACUGUUAAGUAUUAUCUGGGGAUUUUGCAUCCCAAACAAUAUUUUCAUGUAUGCAUCUCUAAAAAUAUUGUUUAAAAAUACUGCUGUAUCAGAGAUGCCUCUUCACCUAUGUGUUUUGAGAAGAGAUUUGACUCAAAUUUUCAAUGAUAUGUAUUUUUGAUAACUUCGAAUAUAGGUGAUACUAUUUUAAAGAAAAAUUGAUCAGCUGAAAGAAUAUGAAAUCUAUUAUAGUGAAAUGCAUUCAUAGCCAUACAGAUUGCGAUUUUUGUUUUAAACGUGAAUAUUAGUUUGUCUUUAUUGAGAUAUAGGAUAGAGACCCCUUUGGGAAAUCAGAGACGGGAAUUGCUGGUGUAAAUUCCAUUUUCAGUUUAUUGUUCCCUCUAAUAUUUAAAUAAACAUAAAGUAUUGAUUUGAUUCUCUGAUCCCCUCAUGUUUGUAAUUCCUGUUAUUUCACAUUCUUAUGUUUCCAAAUCCGUCACAUCCAUUACCACUUUUCUGUUUCCAAGCUGGCCUCAUGAUCAUAGGUUUUGCUUUGGCACCAUGCUUUUAGAAUUGAGCAGCAUGUUACCAUAUAUACUGGUACAGAAUAGGAAAAUCACCACCCCAAAACAUGUUCACAAGAUUGUUGGUUGAGCUUCUUUGCAAAUCAGUCUAGUACUUAGAAUUGGGGUGGGACUUGACUAAUGAGAGAUAGCUUGUGUGGCUUCAGCCAGUUAUCCAGGUGUGUGCUAGGAAGCAAUGAACUCAACUGUUUGGAUUUCUCCACUAUAGCUUUUAUGUGAAGAUACAGAGGCUUGUCUUUUGAAUUCUACAAGCCACAGUCCUAAAAAAGUCCUAAGGUUAUCCUUCAGUCCUAAGCAAGAAGAUACAUAAAGCAUGAAGAAUAUUACUUUUGGCGGCUUUUGUAGAGCCUCCUGGCCAUGUGUUUUUUAUGCCUUGGCAUAUCUUUCCAUUGCUAUCCAAUCCCCACUGAAACAGCUAGGUAUAUGCAUCUUAAAUUAGUAUGAAAGUACAUUUCUUGAUCUAGGACUGCUUUCAUAUAUUGUACUCAUAAAUUAGAAAAAUUACUUUUUGAGGAUACAAAUCCCAGAAUCUCCCAUCUAACAUAGCCAGAGAUGGCAACAUAAUGACUGUAGACUGGGAGGGUGAACAAAACAAGACUGAAAAUGCACAUUCUAAUCCAGAUCGUGAAAAAUUCCUUUUUAGGGAUGAUAAUAAAUUAAAUUGUCCCAAAGUGCCAUUCAGAAUACGAGGUUUGUCUGUCAGUAUAUAUGGUAACAAAUGUCCAUGCUGAAACCACCUUACAACACCAUAGGUCUCCCAGGCAAACAAGUGUGUGUACUGUAGGCUAUAUAUUGCCACAAGGCGCAUUUCUAAAACACAUUUGGCUGCUUUGAUGCAAUGGAAAAAGCACAAAAAGCAGCCAAGGAGUCUUGGGCAAAAGCCAAAAGAAUUCCAACAUCCUGUGUCCUUCCUUGUGUGUUUAAUUUCCAAAGAUGACAAUUUUGUUGCAUGUACCAAUCUAAGCAAAAAUGAGUAAUGAAACCCUUUAAAGUGGCAUAAAAGGUGCCCCACCUGCCACAAAAGGCAUGCCACUGAAAUAAAAAAAUCUAGCUUGUGUGCAUGUGUCUUUAAUGGCUCUGGUACAUUUCUGCACAAAAUAAAGUGCAUUGGAAGGGUUGAUCAGUUAGCUGUUUCUGUUCACCAGAUCUUCUGCUUUCUUCUUUGCACAAUGCAUAACUGGAGUGAGCAGUUGCAACUUCCACAACACUUUUCUCUGAAUUGUCAUGUCUUGUUGUGAAGGAAGGACUGUGCUGUUUUCUAAUUGCCUCUGUGUAUUGUACACCAAAAUGCUUUAAAAACAACUGGAGAAAACAACAAAAGCUGCCGCAACAAUAAUUGUGAAAUGGAUCUGCUUUUAAUAGCAUGUUUCUGACUUGCUCUUCUGACAGCAGCAGCCGUCAUGCUUUUCGAUUCUCUUUCUCUAAAUGUGUUUGUCUUUUCCUAGGUAAAAUGUUGCUUUCAUUUUGAUUCUGUCUUCAAAUAAAAAAAUAUUUUUUAAAUAAAAAA